AUGUCUUUGCUGAUAGAUAGCGACAUGGACGAUGAAGCCAUCAAGCUAGCCCAGUUUCUAGUGGAACGCCUAAGAAACGCGCCGCCUGACUCUCGACUCCUAGUCGGGAUCACAGGCAUUGCGGCGUCAGGCAAGUCUACGUUUGCCGCUAGAAUCGUUGAAAGAACUCGGGCCAUCCUGCACGAUCUCCCGGGCGACAACGCGCUCGCCGGGUCCACUGCAGUUCUUGUCGGCUUAGAUGGUUGGCAUCUCACACGUGCCCAGCUCGACCAAAUGCCCGAUCCUAAACUCGCGCACGAGCGACGGGGGAUCCAUUGGACGUUCGACGCCGCUGCCUACGUUUCCUUCAUACAAUCCCUACGUUUACCGAACCCUAGGGAUGCCCUUUCGUUCCCCUCCUUUGAUCACGCAGUAAAGGACCCAAUCCCGGAUUCUCUACGCAUCGAGCCGUCGGACAGGAUUAUCCUGGUAGAAGGGCUGUACACGUUACUGGAUAUCGAGCCCUGGGUGCACGCCAGUAGGCUCCUCGACGAACGCUGGUUAAUUGACGUAGACUCUGAGGAAGCACGGCGGCGUUUAGUGGAAAGACAUGUUGUGAGCGGGGUUGCAAAGAAUCGCGAAGAAGCUGUGUGGCGGGCGGAGAAUAACGACGCACCCAACGGUAGGUUCGUAAUCGCCAAUAGUCUCGAGCCCACAAGAGUCAUACAGAGCAUCAACGAUCCCACUAUCCGGAAGUAA